CCCCUCCGGCCUGACAUGGGGGAGGCCGAGGAGCAGGUGCCCGAAUCAGGUGCUGUAUUCACGUUUGGGAAAAGCAAAUUUGCAGACAAUGUGCCUAGCAAGUUUUGGUUUAAAAAUGACAAGCCUUUAUAUAUAUCAUGCGGAGAUGAACACACUUCUGUUGUAACAGAAAAUGGUAAACUUUAUAUGUUUGGAAGCAACAACUGGGGACAAUUAGGAUUUGGAACGAAGAAUACCCUCAACAAGCCUACUUGUGUGAAAGCUUUAAAACCUGAAAAAGUAAAACUAGCUGCUUGUGGGAGGAACCACACUUUGAUUUAUACAGAACAAGGAAAUAUAUAUGCUGCUGGAGGUAACAAUGAAGGGCAGUUGGGAUUAGGUGACACAGAAGAAAGAACCACAUUUCAUCUAAUCAGUUUUUUUACCAACCAGCAGAAGAUCAAACAGCUGGCAGCUGGAUCAUACACCUCAGCAGCUCUAACUGAGGAUGGGCAGCUUUUUAUGUGGGGAGACAAUUCCGAAGGACAAAUCGGCUUGGCUGAUGAAGCUAAUGUUUGUGUUCCUCAUCAAGUAGAUGUUGGAAAACCUGUUACCUGGAUCUCUUGUGGAUAUUACCACUCUGCCUUAGUAACACGAGAUGGAAUGCUUUAUACUUUUGGGGAGCCUGAAGAUGGGAAGCUGGGUCUGUCACCUGAGCAGCUCACAAACAAUAGGGUUCCACAAUUUGUUUCUGGAAUUUCUGGCAGGGUCAGUAAAGUUGCCUGUGGAGGAGGACAUACAGUAGCACUUGCAGAGGGAAAGGUCUACACCUUUGGUCUUGGCCAGUAUGGGCAACUUGGGCUCGGUACAUUCCUUUUUGAAACCUCUGAACCAAAGAUUGUGGAUAAUCUGGAGAAGCAUAAAAUCUGUAAUAUUGCAAGUGGGGAAAAUCAUACAGCUUUAGUAACAGAGAAUGGUCUUAUGUAUACAUUUGGGGAUGGACGGCAUGGCAAGUUAGGACUUGGGGAAGAAAAUUAUACCAAUCAUUUUGUACCUACGUUAUGUUCCAAUUUUAUGCGAUAUACUGUACAUUCGGUUGCCUGUGGUGGUUGUCACAUGCUAGUUUUUGCCACACCAAGGCUUAAAGAAUCAGAUGAAACAAAUGUGCUGGAUCAAAAAGAACACUGCACUUCUACUGCGAUCUCCAGAAUGGGUGGUGAUGCCUUAAUAAUAGACACCUUUCAUCGAACACUAUCAGCACGUGUCCGACGGCGAGAGAAGAAAAAAUCACCAGAACAGUUCAAUCGACUAGUACAAACGCUCCCUCCUUUGGGAGAACGUUCCCUAAAGCCUGCAUCAUGUGACAUCAGCAAGACUGUCCCUUUUGUUAUAUCUAGAACAAACUACUCUGAUUCAGAAGCAACAGAAAGAGAAAAAGACACUGUUUCUGCAUUGGACUAUGAAUUGGGAGAUAAGAAAGAGAAGAAUGGUAGUACUGGGGAGAGUUCAACAGAGGAUGAUUCAGAUGAAAAUGAGAGCAGAACUCUGGGGGACACCACAGAUGUCUUGAAUAUGACCCAUUUGAUGAGAAUGAAUCCCAAUGACCAGUCAUUAGAAUUAGCACCACUUCAAAAACAAAAGUCUGUUCUUAAUUUUUUCUCUCUUUUUUUCCUUUCCUUUCUUGCUUCUCAUGUGGAGAAGAAGAAAAAUAAGAAACUGAACAUACAUGGUAAGGGUGGGUUGAAAAAACUUGAUAUUGCCCAAGUUCAAGACAGUUUGGAAUCAGGUAAAGCUUCAUCACAGAUAGAACCCCUGCAUUCAGAGUGUUCUGAAGCAAGGGAUACCUAUGCAGAAAAAAACUAUUAUCACACUUUUGUGAAGAAAAUUAAAGGUGGCAAAAAAUAUUCAAAAAGUAAAUUUGAACAGGCCAUUGCUGUUCUGGAAUCUGACACACAGGAGACUAUUGAAGAAAAAUUUAAGCAAGUAACAAGGGAGAGACUGGAUGGAAAAUAUUCUCAGUCAGCAAAAAAGAAGACACCAUGUAGCCUUGGUAGACAUGAUAAGAUAGAAGAACUAUAUGUUGAUAAUCUGGAAAAUAAAACUGAAAUUAACAGAAUGAAGUUUGAGAAAUAUGGGAAAAUAGAUGUUCAAGGUAAAGAAAGCAAUGAAGAACAGAGACAAUUUAAACCCAAAGAAAAAUGUGUGAAACAAAUGGCAAAAAGUGUGUCAUCUUCUUCAAGCGAAGAAACAAGUAAUGGCUCGACAAGAUGUCUUAUCCAAAUAAACCAGUAUAAUUAUGAAACCAGAACAAUGAGAGAAACGGAAGUAGAAUACAGAAAAAGUAAGUGGGAAAAGGAGGAAGAAAGGGAGCAUGCUGAAGAUACCAGUGUGGAGGUCAAGAAAGAAGGGAGGACAGCAAUAGAUAAAAAAUCAUAUAAGGCUGUCCAGUUAGAAGAUGAUGACGCAGAAAGUAAGCAGGGCAGUGAAAAAAGUGAGAUGGUUGUGGAAGAGGUGGAAAAUGAAGAUGAAAAUCAAGCUGAAAAGGUUGACAGUGAAGAACGAUCUGAAGGAGAAGGUGAAAAUGAGGCUGGAAAGGACAGUAAAGAAGAUGCCACCCCAGCCGUGCAUGGAGAUGAUGAAGAAGGUGAAAACGAUGAAUUGCAGGCGGUAACAGCAGAUGGUCCUAGGGUGGAUGAUGCAGUGGAAGAGACUCUUAAAGUAAGCACCGAGAGGAAAGAAGAUACAGAUGCAGAAGAGGAGGAAGAGGAAGAUGAAGGGGUCAUAGAUGAACUUGAAAAGAAAGAAAAAUCUGAAAAUGUGGAGGAGGGUAAAGUAACAAAAGCUGACACAUUAGAGGAGGAACAAAAUAGGAAUGGGCGGGUAAUAGAUGAGGAAAAGGAGGUGAAGAAGAGUGGAGAAGGGAGUGAAGCUGAGAAGGAAAAUGGAGAAGGAAAGAAAGAUGAGGAAGAAUAUGGUGAAAGAGAAGAGGAAGGGGAGGAGGAGGAGGGGUUUGGGGAAGAGGAGGAGGAAGAAACAGGAGAGGAGGAAGAGGAAGAGGAGAAGGAAACAGGAGAGGAGAAAGAGGAGGAGGAGGAAACAGGACAGGAGGAGGAGGGGGAAGAAGAAGAAACAGGAGAAGAGGAGCAAGAAGAAGAAACAGGAGAGGAAGAGAAGCAAGAAGAAGAAACAGGAGAGGAAGAGGAGCAAGAAGAAGAAACAGGAGAGGAAGAGGAGCAAGAAGAAGAAACAGGAGAAGAAGAGGAGCAAGAAGAAGAUACAGGAGAGGAAGAGGAGCAAGAAGAAGAAGGGGUGGAGGAGGAGCAAGAAGAAGAAGGGGUAGAGAAUGAACAUGAAGGAGAGGAGGAGGAGGAGCAAGAAGAAGACAAAGGUGAAGGUAUGGUAGAAGAAGAAGAGAAAAAGGAGGAAGAAGUUGAGGAGGAGGAAGAAGAAGAAGCUCAGGGAGAGGAAGAAAAGGAGGAAGGGGGAGAAAAAGUGAAAGAGGAAGAUGCAAAAGAAGGAGAGGGGGGAGAAGAAGUGGAGGACAAAUCAGAAGCUGAAGAAGGCGAGGAGGAGGAGGAGGAAGAAGCAGAGGAGGAGGAGGAGGGUGAAGAGGAGGAGGCAAAAGACAAAAGAGAAAUUGGAAAAGAUGAGCAUGAAGAGGAAGAAAAAGUAGACAAGAAAACCAGAGAUCGUAAACAUCAAGAAAAUAAUAGAAGUAGAAAACAGGAGACAAGUAAAAGGUCUAAACAAAGAGGGAUUUCAAAGCAACAUGCCAUGAAUGGACUGCAGCAUUCACAACAAUUCUGGAACAAUGUGCUGCCACAUUACUUGACACUAAGGUAGCUCCGGACCUGAAUUUGAUGCAGACUUUUUUUUUCAGAACACUAAUAUUAUGCCAAAGUAUAAUUUUAAAUAUGUUUUUGCAAAAGCAAAUGCAGCAGUAACAUUUUAUAAGAAUGCCUCAAUUUUCAGCUGUUAAAAGCACAUUAAAAGUAGUUCUGCUCAGAACAAUCUGCCCUCCAGUCCCAAAAUUUGCCUUUGCAAAUUAGUGCAGUGUUGCUGUUCUUCUUCUUCUAAUCAUGAUCAUCAUUAUUGUCCUACAUGCCCAAAGGAGCAGGAUUGGUAUAGAGAAUUUCCCAUGGCAAUUUUUCCCCACUUGAAGAAAAAAUACUCUACACAUUUCUAUUUGAAUAAAUUAUCUGCAUGCAAGCUGGCUUUCUCAGAUUUGUAAUUAGCCACUGGCCUGGUCUGGGUUUAAAUUUCCUGUAGCAGUUCUUGUUACUAUAGUUCUUGUUACUAUAGGUGUACACUUCCUUCUGCACUGCCAGUGCUUUAUGUUGAUUCAAAGCUAUAGAUGUUAUAAUAAUACCAAUAUUUCCCAUUGAUAUAGAAUGCUGUAUACUUAAUUCACUACAGCCCUAUAAAAUAGCUUGGUAUUAUUCUCCACAUUUUAUUGGGAGGAGGGACUAAGACUGAAAGGAGAGGGGCUUGCUUACAGCAACCCACCUAUUUUGUUCAUAGGAGAAGUUAGGACUUCCUGAUCUGAAGUUCAAAUUCUUAGCAUGCUGUGUUACAUAAUGAAAGCAUCUGUAGCUUUCUCUUCUUGCCUCUUCAUUAUAUGGAGCUGAUGCUACCAGCUCUAUCUCACAGGGAGACAGAGUCUUCUUUCCACAGGUAAAUGCUGUUGUAAAUGCUGCUGAUGCCAUCAGCAGGUGAGGUUAAUCUUCAAUUCAGUUCAGUUCAUUACACUUAUAUCCCACCUAUAUAGAGGCAUUGCCACUAUUCUGGGUGGCUUACAUACAUAAAAAAUAAACAUAAAAACACCAACCCUCACCAACUAGACCUCUCAACAAAGAGAAAAUGCCCAGAAAGAAACAUCGCCGAGUGGCAACAGAAGUCAGAAACCAAAUUAAAUGUAGCAACGUAAUAAGGUAUCAUUUGGGGAGGAUAUCUUUGAAAGCUUCUCUGAAAAGCAGAGAAAACAGAUUUUCUAAAUGCUAGGAAGGAAGAGGCCUGGCACACUCCUGCUGGCAGGGCAUUCCAUAAUGUAGCAGCCACCACCAAGAAGGCCUGGUUCCUCAUUGUCAACUUCCGGCCUUCCCUCAGGGAGAUAGCCUGCGACAUCAUAACUUGAGGGAUAUUUAAUACUUACUGUCCUUCCCUUUAGGUUCCUGAAGCUGUGAAGAUUGAGACUGGCAGUGGCAAUUUUCAGAUGUUAACAGUCUGUCCCAUGUUCUGAGGUUCCCAAAAGCUUCCCAAGAUCAAAGCAAGAUCUUUAAGGAGCCUCAGAACCUGAGGGAAAGAAUAGAAGAAAUUAAAUAUUAAUUUUGCUUGUUGAUAGCAUCAUCAGCAUUUACAGUAUAAUGCACAGCUUAGCCUAUAGGAUUUCAAACAAUGUGCUUUCCAUUAUCAUUUGUGAAAAACACAUUCCUAUAAACACAAAAUGCAGUCAGUUUAAUUUAUUUAAUGUGCCUUAUAAUAAAAAUCAAAAGCAAGAUCAGAUAUUUAAAAAUAUGCCGUUGCUUUAAUUCUGCUUGAUCAUUCUUAGAUAUGCACAGUAUGUGUGUAUGUUAGUGUGUGUCAUGUGUCUUGGAUGUUAUGUUUGUCUUAAAAGAAGUAAACAUGCCAGUUUGGGGUCAUUGUUACCUAACUCAGGCAUAAAAUGUUUGUGGAAAGCUCCCUUACCUGGGACAGCUCAGGAUGUCACAGCCCCAUGACAAUCAUGUCCGUGUCCCAGGUGCUAUGUACGUUGGCUUUUGCGAGCCAACAUUUGUUUUCAAACAGUGGUAAAGAAAGAAGAAACACAGGACUUGAGUAAUGUAAUCAUUUAGCUAUUUAAAUAAUGACUUUUAAAACAGCUAUUUAAAGUGUUGGUGAAUUUGGGCUAACUGAUUUUAACAAAGUAUUUCCAAGCUUUUGAAGGACCACAGAAAAGGCUGGUGAAGCUUUUCCCAACCCUCACCUUCAGAUGGCUACAGCCCACUACUUCAAGCAGUUUUCCAUGGCUGUAACACCAUUAACAGAGUGUAGUGAUAGACAGCAGUGGAGUAGUUUGUUUUUGCUUCUUCUACGUGGUGGCACUGUGGG